AUGAAAUCAAACAGGAGCCGUCUUCACCAUCAGCUGCUGAUAGUGGAGGCUCAAAGACCCGAAUCUAUCAGUUCUCCACGAAUACCUGCCAAAGCCCGUCAUGACUCUGACUCUGACGUGUCUCCGCCAAGGAAGUGUAAGUUACAUAAC